CAAGGAACAUUCCUUUUAUGGGCAUAUAUAUAUACAUAUAUGUGUGUGUGUGUAAAGGACAAUAAAUGGGAUAAAGAUUUUCUCCAAGAUUUAAGAAUCAUGACGCAAACCCUUUCUGGUUAGUACAUGCAUGCAGGCCUAAAAAUUCUCAAGGUUCUUAGGGUUUCGUGGUUCGACGGUGGAUCCUGUCAGUACGAUAUUUGUUUGUUCAUAUAUUCUUUUGAUUUCGUUCCCCACUCUCUUCCAUUGUUUUGCGAAGAAUGAGAUUUUAUCUGUCGUGAUAAGCAGAUUCCCAAUCCGAAAAUGGACGACAGUCGCUGCUGUUCUUGUCGGGCCAAAGCAGAGAGUAGGAGGAAGAAGAAGGAAAUCAAUGAGAUGCGCCAUGAAGCUGCAAAAGAGGCACACAAUGUUCCAGGAGACAAGGAAGGAGAGAAACCUGUGAACAAGCCGAAACAGAAUCCAAAAACAGAAUCCGAGGAUGUCCAAUCUCAAUCUACAGGAUCUAAGAGCAGCUCAGAUUCUGAUGGAGAGACAAAUAGAUCUACAGAACACAAGAACAAGGGCAUCCUCACAUGGCGACACCCAAGUCUAAAGAAAGUGAACCAGAAGCAGAAGCAGAAGGAGAAGCCCAGUUUUGAAUUGCCAUCCAUGUUAGACUGCACUAAACCACCGCCCUUUUAUGUCCCCACCACAAUGUACAAUGGCAGCUAUUACCCGCCAUACCCAACAAUGGCUGCAGCCCCUCUGCAAUACUUUUGGCAUGCCAGGCCGCACAGGCAGACUAAUCCUAUGGUGCGUUACACUAGCUAUGCCGAUAAUUACCUCCACGGCUUUUUCUAAAGCGUUGUUCAAACAUUGAAACGGCUACUGUCUUUCUUCAAUGGAAUAUAAGGAGAGAUUUGAAAGAAUUGUUUGUACCUGACGAAAACCGAGUCCAAAGCGUUCACCAGAGCUGCUUUCUA